CACCAUCACACUGACCUGCCGUUUGGACCCUUCGGCCCGAGGAUCGCGCAUUUGCCACAUCUCAUUUCGCAUAUAAACCCUGGGCGGCCGUGCGACCACCAUGAGGCUCAUGCAGGCGGACGACGACGAGAUUGAGCCGCAGACGCGGUCAACGCCGCUGCUCGACUUGCGCAGGUUCAAGGACCCCAUUCAUGAUUUCAUCCCCUUCAGCUAUGAAGUCUGCGCCAUCAUCGACACGCCCCAGUUUCAGCGCCUUCGCAACAUCAAGCAGCUUGGAACGUCGUAUUAUGUCUGGCCGGGAGCGUCGCACAAUCGGUUUGAGCACAGUCUCGGUGUAGCGCAUUUAGCGGGGCUCAUGGCUGAGCAUCUGCAGAAGAGUCAGCCGGAGCUGAAUAUCACUCGUCGGGACGUCAAAUGCGUGACCAUCGCCGGGCUCUGCCACGACCUCGGGCAUGGACCCUGGAGCCACGUAUGGGAUGCAAUGUUCAUUCCUCGUGCGUUGCCUGGUACCAAGUGGAAGCACGAAGACUCGUCGGACAUGAUGUUCGACGCCCUCAUUCAGGAAAAUGACCUUGACAUUUCUGAGGACGAUGCCUCAUUCAUCAAAGCUCUGAUUGCUGGUGAAACCAGUCGUUGUAGCCGGAAAGAGAAGCCCUUCUUGUUUGAAAUUGUGGCAAACAAGAGGAACGGAUUGGAUGUUGAUAAGUUCGAUUACAUUGCGCGAGACACGCAUGCCAUCGACAUGAAGGUGAAUCUCUCACUGACGCGGCUUAUCCAUUCCGCGCGGGCCAUCAACGACGAGAUCUGCUAUCACAUCAAGGACGCGAGCCAGAUUUACGAGCUCUGCCAUACCCGGUUCAGUCUGCAUAAGCGCGUCUAUGGCCAUAAGACGGCCAAGGCCAUAGAGUACAUGCUCAUCGACGCUCUGCUUGCUGCAGAGCCCUACAUGAAAUUCGCACGCGACAUAUUCGACCCGAAACGGUAUCUUUACCUCACAGAUGACAUCCGCAUCCGAAUCGAGGCGUCUGAGAGUCCCGAACUCCAGCCGGCGCGAGACAUCCUAUAUCGCAUCCACAGGAGGGACCUCUACCACAUGGUUGAUUGGAAGGUCUUUCCGUGGGCGUUCCGACACGAUUGCAAGGAGAUCUUCACUCCCGAGAAGAUUGUGCGCGCCGCGCAGGCGGACGAGCGAGAACUACCCAGCGAGAAGGAUCAGGCCAGUGAGGACGAGUACCGCAAGCUCAUCGAAGAGCUCAAGCCCGAGCACAUCAUCGUCGACAUCUCGAUGAUGCACUACGGCAUGAAGGAUAAGAACCCGCUUGACACGGUCAGCUUCUACUCGAAGCACUGCCCAGACAAAUCCCAGAAGGCGCAGCCUCACGAUGUCUCGUUGCUCAUGCCGGGUGAGUUCGGUGAGGUUCUUCUGCGCAUCUACACAAGGGACACACGCUUCAACCGCAUUGUGCGAGACGCGUACAACGCGCUGCUGCCCACCGCGACCAAGGAAGAAGAAGAAGACCCCCUCGCGGACGAUCCGGUGCUCACGCCUCCACAGGAAGAGCAUCGGCGCUCGGCGUCUCCACGCAAGCAGCGGUCGUUCUCGCGAGUGCAGAGCGCGAGCGGCCGCCUGAUCAGCGACUUUACACCGUUGUCCCAGAACAACUUCACCGCAGUUCCUUUGGGCCACGGCGCCCAGCAGCCGUCGCUAUCCUCACGGGAUAGGUACAAGGGCUUGAAGAGGGAUCGCGAAGAUGGCCCUCGGUCGCCGCCUGCUAAGAAAAAGGUGCUGCCGUGA